UAAGGACGGCUCCUCCCUCCGCCACCGCCUGCCUGCCCUCCCCCCCCGACCCCAGCCCCUCCCCGGCAGCGCCGCUGCUGCUAUACCGGGUAGGUUUCCAGUCACUAUGGCGGCCACUGCGCGGAAGGUCGGAGGAAAGUUUUCGUGGUCGGCGGCUGCCUGAGAGGCACAGCAACCAAACGGGAGGCGCCCGGGCCCGGCCGCCAGGCCUCUCCCGCCGCCGCAGGGCCGGCUGCCGCCGGGUUAGCGGAGCCGCGCUCGGCGGGCGGAGAGCGCGGGGGGCUGAGGAGCGGACCCUCCCCAUGCGCAGCCACCUGCGGAGAGGCUGAGCGGAGCGUAGAGGACGCCGCCUCUCCCGGCCCGCCGCUCCCUGCGUCGGGGGCUUCUGGCGGAGACUUCCUGGAGCAGCCCCCUGCUCGUCUCUCUUCUCCGCCGACCCCGCGCCUCCGCCCGCCGGGCCGCCGCCAGCAGAGCCUCCGCGGACGGACGCUUGGUCGCAGCAGCCAGCCAGAGCCAUCGCGGGCACCGCCUCGGAGCAACCUGUCAGCGCACCUUGUAGGCCGUCCCUGAAGGACCCUUCCCACGUCUUAGUUUGUCCCCAAGAGGAGAGUUUGAAGCCUUCUCCAUGCCUUAUCAAGUUAUUAUUUGCUGCCUGAAACUGUAGACCAGCUUUAUCAGGUGUAGGGGAGGAAAACAGCAUAGGUCUCGCACCCCAUCCUAAAUCGAGGACCACCUAUCCUGCUCUGGUUUAACACUCGAAGAUGGUGAAAUGCAGAUUGCUGUGUGAAGCAACUAGAUCCCUGUUGUGGAGUGAGGGCUUCGUAUUCACCUUCCAACUCUUGACCUGUGUGCUUUGAGAGAGGACGCUAAUCCUUCUCCCUCAUUCUCCUUUCCUAAGUCUUUCCUUGCUUCCAUGUUGCAUUGGCCAGAAUUUUGGUCAGUAUUGUUGACAGAAAGGGGGGGGAAAGAAGGCAGUUGAGGUUACAAACAAAAGUAUUUGUAUGACUCAUCUACUUGGAUUUAAGACAUUCUAUCUUUCUUUCAAGGAGCCUUUGCUUCUCUUUGAAGAAAUCAGAUGCUUUUUCCUAUUCUGAAGGAGGAUGGAUUGAAAGUUGUACAUUUUCGGGUGUUUUUAGGCCACUGCUGAUAUUAUCGAAAGACAUAAUGGGGCUUUUUCCCUGGAUUAUUGCCAGAAUUAGUUUACACACUGAAAAAAUGAGUUGUUAGGCCUCUUGUGCGAUAAUGUUUGUCCUUCUUUAGUAUCAAGUUGCUGUGGUGGUUUGGAUUAAAAACUGUGGAGGACAAUCUACAUCAGAAGAGUCUCUCUUCAUCUCUGGUCCGUGUGGCAACCCCAAUCUGUCCUCGAUGCCUUCAGCCUUGGCCAUCUUCACUUGCCGCCCGAACUCUCAUCCCUUUCAGGAGCGCCAUGUCUACCUGGACGAGCCCGUCAAGAUCGGCCGCUCAGUGGCUCGCUGCCGGCCAGCUCAGAAUAAUGCAACUUUUGACUGUAAGGUGCUGUCCAGGAACCAUGCUCUCGUCUGGUUUGAUCACAAGACAGGCAAGUUCUAUCUUCAAGACACUAAAAGUAGUAAUGGUACCUUUAUUAAUAGUCAGAGACUGAGUAGAGGAUCUGAGGAAAGCCCACCAUGUGAAAUUAUGUCAGGUGACAUCAUCCAGUUUGGCGUAGAUGUGACGGAGAACACACGGAAAGUUACCCAUGGAUGUAUAGUCUCCACAAUCAAACUCUUUCUUCCAGAUGGGAUGGAGGCUCGACUGCGAUCAGAUGUUAUCCAUGCUCCAUUACCAAGUCCUGUUGACAAGGUUGCUGCUAACACUCCCAGUAUGUAUUCUCAGGAAUUGUUUCAGCUUUCACAGUAUCUACAGGAAGCCUUACAUCGGGAACAAAUGUUGGAACAGAAGCUGGCAACCCUUCAGCGGCUACUUGCUGUCACACAAGACGCUUCAGAUACCAGUUGGCAGGCUUUAAUAGAUGAAGACAGGCUGCUAUCAAGAUUGGAGGUUAUGGGAAAUCAGUUACAGGCCUGUUCAAAGAAUCAAACAGAAGACAGUAUACGAAAAGAGCUUAUAGCAUUACAAGAAGACAAACACAACUAUGAGACAACAGCCAAAGAGUCCCUGAGGCGGGUCCUUCAGGAGAAAAUUGAAGUGGUCAGAAAACUGUCUGAAGUGGAGCGGAGUUUAAGUAAUACAGAAGAUGAAUGUACUCACCUGAAAGAAAUGAAUGAGCGGACUCAGGAAGAAUUAAGAGAAUUAGCUAAUAAAUACAAUGGAGCUGUAAAUGAAAUUAAAGAUCUUUCGGACAAGCUAAAGGUAGCAGAAGGCAGACAAGAAGAAAUCCAACAGAAAGGACUGGCUGAGAAAAAAGAAUUGCAGCAUAAAAUAGAUGAAAUGGAAGAGAGAGAGCAAGAGCUUCAAGCAAAAAUAGAAGCUUUGCAGGCUGAUAAUGACUUCACCAAUGAGCGGCUAACUGCUUUACAAGUACGUUUAGAACAUCUUCAAGAGAAAACUCUUAAAGAACACAACAGCUUAGGCAUACAAGUUGAUGACUUCAUACCUAAAAUUAAUGGGAGCACAGAGAAAGAGCACUUUCUUUCAAAGAGUGGAGGGGACUGCACUUUUAUUCAUCAGUUCAUAGAAUGUCAGAACAAAAUCAUAGAUGAAGGACAUCUAACAAAAGUGGAAGAAACAAAGCUUUUGAAAGAGAAUCAAGCAAGAGUCAAAGAAUCUGAUUUAUCAGACACUCUUAGUCCAAGCAAGGAAAAAAGCAGCGACGACACUACAGAUGCCCAAAUGGAUGACCAAGAUCUAAAUGAACCUAUUGCUAAAGUAGCUCUUCUAAAAGAUGAAUUGCAGGGUGCACAAUCAGAGACUGAGGCUAAGCAAGAAAUUCAGCAGCUGCACAAGGAGCUGAUUGAAGCCCAAGAGCUAGCUAGGACAAGUAACCAAAAAUGCUUUGAACUUCAAGCACUAUUGGAAGAAGAGAGAAAAGCAUAUCGAAUGCAAGUUGAAGAAUCUAACAAGCAAAUAAGUGUUCUGCAAGCUCAGUUGGAAAGAUUACAAGAAGAUAUUGAAAAUCUUCGUAAGGAAAAGGAGAGUGAAGUUUCAAGCACUCGAAAUGAAUUAGUCAGUGCUCAAAAUGAGAUUCUGUCUCUUCAACAAGUAGCAGAAAAGGCAGCAUCAGAACGAGAUACUGAUAUUUCUGCCUUGCAAGUUGAGCUGCAAACAGUGCGAGCGGAACUUGAACGGUGGAGGAAAAACGCCUCAGAUUAUGAAAAAGAAAUUGUCAGACUGCAAGAUAGUUUUCAGCUCAGAUGUCAGCAGUGUGAAGAUCAGCAAAAGGAAGAGGCUACUCGCUUAAAAGGUGAACUUGAAAAGUUGAAGGCAGAGUGGAGUGCCCUGGAAGCUGAAUGUGUUACUCUAAGGAAGAAAAAUACCUUGCUUACAUCUGAACUCCAGAGACAAGAGAAGGAGCUUUCUAGCUCUCAGAAACAGAGCUUAGCGCUAACCAGCGAUAUAAGUGUUCUUGAAAUGUCUCGAAAGGAACUUGAAAAUCAGAUGGGAUCUUUGAGAGAAAAACAUCAGCGGGAUGCAGAUAGUCUAAAAAGCCAACUCAGUGAAGCUGAGAGUCAAGCAAAAGACUUUCAGAAAGAGUAUGAAAGAACACAGACUGUGCUCUCAGAGCUGAAGGCGAAGUACGAGAUGGCUGAACAAGAAAAUCAGUCACUCACAGAAGAACUCAAACAAUGUAAAGAAAACCUGAAGCUGCUACAAGAAAAAGGAAACAACCCUUCCAUAUUACAACCCGUCCCAGCCGUAUUCAUCGGCCUAAUCCUGGCUUUCCUGUAUUGGUGUUACGGCCCAUUGUGGUAGCGAAAGAGACAAUGGCCUUGGAUGCCUGUGAUGGCAGCUUUGGUUGCUGUGACAGCCGUGGUGCUGUACCCAGGCCUAACCAGAGCUUCUCCAUGAGAACUGUUGUUGAAUCCAUACACCGUCCUCCCUUUAGAAGCUGGCAACAUUCAUAUACUGAGGGAAAACAGUUUAAUUCUCUUCCUUUUUACCUCUUAAUACAGCACAGCUCUGCGUGAGAACAGCAGUAGGGUCAUUUGCUUUAAAGUGUAUAAAAUGUAUUUGUCUAUAAAGAGGGAAUAAAAUUGUGAUUCAUCAUGCUGUGAGCAAUAUUGUUGCUUACAAUUUCAUGCAAGUUCUAAAAUAGUAUGUUGGGAUUCUGAAUACUAUAAUGGUGGCCUAAAGUAGGCUUCUUGGUACCAAAUUAUUUAUAAUGGCUAGGGUUGUGGACACUUACUUUAGAAUCCGAUUGCCAGAUAUAAAAGGAAAAACACACUUCUGAAUUGGACACCCAAGCCAAGUACCCUUGCAGAUACUUGGAAAACAGAUGCAGUGUGCUCAGUGCCUUUCAGUACGAUCUUUCUUUUUUUUUUUUUCUUUUUUUCUUUUCUUUUUUUUUUUUUAAGAAAAAAAAACAAAAAUUAAAAAAGAACAAAACAGACAACAAACUGAUAUACCAUUUUACUUGCUGUUAGUCACUGAGCUGUUGGGAACAAGACUUAAGAAAACUCUAUCAUGCCUUUUGAAGGAAGCAUAUUUUUUUUGAUAUGGAUUGCUUUAAUGAUUUUUAAGAAUAGACACAAUUCAUGUCCAGCCUUAAAGAGACAGAGAUAUUGAUGGUGAAGACCAGCCUAGAGUAUUUAGCGUGAGCGUGUGCGAGUGUAAGCAUGUGUGUGCUCUUGAGUGAGCUAAGGUAUUUCUGGGAGCAAGUACUUGGUCAUUUGAUGGACAUAAUGCAGUGAUUCAACUUACAUUAACUUUAGUUUGAAUGUAAUUUAUUAAAUUUCAUAUAUUUAAAAAGAUGCAUUCUUUGAAAAGUAUGAAUACUUUCUCACAUACCAUAUGUAUCAAUUUAUUUUUUCAGUCAUUUGAUACUUUCUGACUUGAGCUGGAUAAGCUCUUUAGAUAAGCUUUUCUUGAUGUAACUUUAUUAAGCAAGCUGCUACAGUAUGUCUGUGAUUAGCUGAAAAAAAAGAAUCUAAGAUUCAUAAAAUACUACAAAAUUGGAAUUAUAUACCUGAUGUUGUAUUUUCAGGUGAAGAUGAUUUUAAUUUGGUUGUAAAAUUUUGUGCAUCCUCAUUACAUGGCUGUAAGUAUGAUGCAGUGGUCCCCAUUACAAAGUUUAUUUUCCUUAUCUAAGUACUAUAGCUACUGCUAUUUGCUGACUUUUGGUGGGAGUCACUGUAGUUAGUGCUGAAUUAAAUGUAGACUGUCGUUGUCUUGUUCAGCUCAACAGUUCUGUCAAAAAAUUUUAAUAAAGAUUUAAUAUGCUGAAGAAUGGUAAAGUAAAAUGGGUCUGCUAAAGGAAACUUCAAAAUAGGGAGGUAAUCUCAGCAAUUGAAUUGGCUUUAAAAAUGUUAUGGCAAUCGACAGAUAGUUUAAAUAUUUAAAUAGAAAUUUAGCAUAUAAUUUACUUUGUCAGGUUUUAAGGGUCAUUGUCCUUUAAUUAAAGGUUCUAUCUAAAGUUACAUGGGAUUUGGUAAUGGGAGGAUUAUUAGUUGGAAAAAUAGUCCACAAGCGACUUAUAGUAAAUAAAUACUGUUAUUUAGUUCAUUCAUUUCAUCCUUUUCAGUUGCAGGAAGCCACCCAACCACAGAACACUCGUAUGCCAGUGGUACUUAGUACCUCUUGUAUAUAGGUUAUUGCAAAUAUUGUUCUGAAAUGCUUAACUUCAGAAUUACAUUUUUUAAAGUAAAUAAUUGUUUUAAAUCUAUUUUGUAAAGAUAUAAAAAUACAAUAGAAUUUCUGGAGUACAGAUUAAACUAUUUGCACUAACACACGUGAUGUGCAUGAUUUAAUAAAAUAACUUUACUCUCCC